CUCAAAUACAGCGGCGCAGACGCGCUCCUGACUCAUGCAGUGUGUCAGAGCAUACAAUGAGGUAAACAGAUUAGCGCCUGCCCACGCCACGGAGGAACAUGUGUUUGUCUUUAACCGUCCCCACUCUUCACAUCGUAAAAGAGCUCAUUUGUUCCAGUAUAUCGGAAAGCGUUCGUUUAUAAAUGAUUAUAUUACUACUACAAUUUCUCUCCAAGAUUUUGGUGUAGCAUUUGUGACAGAGUUUCAGUUUACGAGGUUUGGAAAUCUACUCUUUUAUUCGUCAGUUUGUGGAGGACGCAUGAUUUACCUGUGUCGGACGGAAAGGAAAGAGUGCAUGAAAGAUCUCAGUUGCUCCACACUGGGAGGCUUGCUGGACAAACAGGAGAAGGACCCCCAUCAUUCCAACAACGUUGCUCACUUACUAUCUUCUCCCAAAAUGGCUCUGGCCUCCUUCCAUCUAAUGCAAACUCUAAAGAACUCUCCAGCAGCGCUGCGUCGACGAUUCCGCCGUGACCGCACAGAGAGCUUGUCUCAUGGCGAUCCCCUCUUCAAGGUGCACUACCUCGGUACCAAAAAAAUAUUCUCCCUGGACCUGAAACAGGCAGAGGACACCAUUGACCGGCUAUUGGAUGGGUGCCCUGAGAAGCUAUCUAAAGAUCACGCUCUUGUAGUGCGGCCCCGAUAUGUUGAAGUUAAAGAACUCAGCACUGGCAGGCAGCUCACCAAGACCUAUUUGCAGGACAUUGCGUACUGUGCCUCACACACAACCAGACCCAAUGUGUUUCUGUACAUCUGCAGGCAGCCCGGUCAGCAGCUGCAAUGCAGAGUGUUCUGGUGUAGUCGGGCAGAAAGGGCAAAGGACAUGACCGCCUGCCUGGCAAGGUCAUUUCAGCGAGCACUCAACGAUUGGCAGGGUGGAUGUGCCAUACUGCCACAGGGUGAUGGGAUCUCUAAAGAGCCUGAGAUGCCUGGUACGUCCACUGUGCCCCGACCGCCAACAUUGCCAGCUAGUUUGGGAAAAGUCCGGUGGAAGAAGAGAGGAUCAGUGUCCCGCAGUCCUCACCGUGCCAUUGCCAGACGAGGUUCUGCAAGUGACAGCUGGCAUUGAGAGCUCCUGUCUCACCCUGGACCACCACGCCAGAAAUGUAUGAUGUCUGGGAUUUUUCUGCAUGGAAUGUGAGGAAAAAGACAACAAGACCUGCAAUGAGUGGAACUUUUGAACUCUGAAAGAGCUUUAAACUCUUGAGUUGGUGUCUAAACAGCCACAUUUGAGGUUACUGAUUCACCAGGGAACAACUGAUUUUCUUUAUUAACAAAGCAAUAAACUAAAGGUUUUUUCAGAUAAUGGCUGUUGGUUAAGGAAGUUAAAGUGAUGAAGUCAUGCUGAUUUCACUGUUUAUCUGAGGCCUUUUACAAGAGCUUGAUUCUCCAUUCCGAUAAUGGACUAAACCAAAGCUGACAUCAUCUGAGAUGGUGCAAAUCUAUCAAGAGAGCACAUUUUUAAAUCUUGUAUCACAGAGUCGAUCAUUUCUAGUCAAUCCCCUCCUAUGAGUAAGCAUAUCUGGGUGGAAUGUGUAUGUGAUGGUUGACCAGUGAAACAGAUCUUGUUUGUAUCAGAGGUGUUUGGGAAGUGGGUGGAUGUAUGACCACCCUGUAAACAGUAGGUCCUGCCAGGAUGAGCUGAUAAUGUCACAAUUGCACAACUAGAAGCUUUUCUUUAAGAACAUUCAGUGGGAAGUAAAACUGAUAUUUGUAUAAUAUCAAAAAGUUUUAUGCUGAACUAUAUUUUCAAAUUGUUGAUUUUGCCAAAGUUCCACAGAGUUUUAUUGAUGAUAUUAGAGUUAUUAUGUUCAAUUCAAUUCCCUCAAUUCAGUACAAUGACCAUCAUAAAUGGUCUAUUAUUUUCUGGAUAUUUAUUUGGCAUUAGGGCCAGCUUGGCAAUCGGGACUGAUUGUAACUUAAGUGUUGGAAAGGGAGUGGUACUGAGAGUUUUGUAAUGAACCCAGUGAUCUAUCAUAGCCAUUUACUGCUUGGUCUGGAUCUACCUCAAUUUGCCAUUGUUUUCUCAUUCUUAUUGAAAAGUCAGUCAGGCCUUGAGCUUAAAGCAUAGAUUCUAUUUCAAAGAGGUAGGUUAGUGUUAUUAAUGUGUUCUCUUAAUAAGGGAACACAAUAUGCCUUAAGUAGUGCUACAUGCUGCUGCAUACCAGCAUAAGGACUUAAUGGCUCGUUCUUUGACUGCAUAACGUUCGUUCUUUGUGACUGCAAAUUUGUAUUCACAUCAGCCCAUUUAUUCCAAAAACUUCCAGACUCUAUUGAAGUUACCGUGUCCAGGCAACAAUUUAGGCAAAGCUAAAUGCAGUGCAAAGAUGCAACUCGAGGACCUUUUAAGUUAUGAAGCACUACGUAAUAUUUUUUUUUAUCUGGCAUGGUUGCCUAAAUCAAGUAUUUUAAACAAGGGGACAUUGCUUUGUAUGGUUGGCAGAAUUGCGAUUUACUACUGCAAAGAUUUUCCAGCACCAUAAUUGGCUAUUUCUUUCACACACUGGCUUUCUUAGCUUUAGCAUGUGCUCACUGAGAAGGGCAUCAUAUAUUACAGUAGUAAACAGUGCCUCUUGGUGUUAAUUUCUGCCAGAUGUAUUGGGUCAAUUAUGUCAAAGGACGUUCUUUUGUUUCAUCCUUAUGGAUUUUAUUUUGAAGUUGUAUUUUUCUCACACUAAAGACUCCAGAUCUGUCCUUGGAUCUGUUCUGUCUGCUUUAAAAGGUGCUAAAUGUUCAAUGAAUGUUCUUGUACCUUAUUUUAAACAUAUUUGUGU